UGCAAGGCGAGGGGGCAGGAAGCUAGGGGUAAGACUUCAGGAAGUCGCCGUAGACUGCCCAGAGGUUGAAGGACAGAGGUGAAAGGAACUGAGUGGGCUAAAAAUCAUGAGCAAAAGAAAGUCAAAAGAAAUCUGCUUAACAAGUGGAGAGUGUAUUUCACAGGCUCAGAGAAUAUUACGGGAAAGAUUUUGUCACCAGAAGAUUCCUGGUAAACCAUUUGGAGUUGAAUCCCAGCACAAACAUUUGCUAGAGCUACUGAAGCGGACAGCUGUACAUGGAGAGAGUAACUCUGUCCUCAUCGUGGGUCCCAGGGGUGCUGGAAAGACAAUGCUGCUGAACUGUGUCUUGAAUGAGCUGCUGGAAGUGAAACAUGUGCAGGAGAAUGUUUUACAGGUUCAACUAAAUGGUUUAUUACAGACUGAUGACAGAAUUGCUCUUAAAGAAAUUACUAGGCAACUGCAUUUGGAGAAUGUUGUUGGGGACAAAGUUUUUGGGAGCUUUGCAGAGAAUCUUGCCUUUCUUCUUGAAGCUUUGAAAAAAGGUGAUCGUAGCAGCAGCCGCCCGGUGCUCUUCAUUCUGGAUGAAUUUGAUCUAUUUGCUCACCACAAGAACCAGACUCUUCUUUACAACCUGUUUGACGUCUCCCAGUCAGCCCAGACUCCUGUUGCUGUGAUCGGACUCACCUGUCGACUUGAUGUCUUGGAGCUGUUGGAAAAGAGGGUGAAGUCCAGAUUCUCCCACAGGCAGAUCCAUUUACUCAGUUCUUUUAGGUUCAAGCAGUAUCUGGAGAUUUUCAAGAUGCAGUUAAGUUUACCCGAUGACUUUACAGACAGGAGGUUUGCUGAAGAAUGGAACCAAAACAUUAAGUCUUUAUGUGAAGACAGAUCUGUGGAAGACAUCUUGCAAAAACAUUUUUGUUCCAGUAAAGAUUUCAGAUCACUGCAUAUGCUGCUGAUGCUUGCCCUGAGUCGAGUGACAGUAUCUCACCCAGCCAUCAAACCGACAGAUUUGCUAGAAGCCAGCCGUCUCUGCACAAUGGAUUCUAAAGCCAACAUUCUACAUGGUCUGUCUGUGUUGGAGCUCUGUCUGAUUAUAGCCAUGAAGCACUUAAAUGACAUUUAUGAUGGGGAGCCCUUCAAUUUUCAAAUGGUCCAUAAUGAAUUCCAGAAAUUCAUUCAGAGAAAGUCACAUUCAGUACAUAAUUUUGAAAAGCCUGUAGUCAUUAAGGCUUUUGAGCACUUACACCAGCUAGAACUAAUAAAGCCAAUGGAAGGACCCUCUGUAAGAACACAGAAAGAAUAUCAACUGGUAAAACUGCUGCUGGACAACAGUCAAAUCAUGGACGCCCUGCAGAAGUACCCACAAUGCCCUACUGAUGUCAAACAGUGGGCUGCUUCUGCUUUUGGAUAAAUGCAGCAAAAAGAAUAUAUAGGAGUUGGGAGUGAUAGCAAGUUCAGUGUUUUGAUUAGUUUAUUUAGUCCACUAUCUUUGACAUUAUUUUGGCUUACUUUGCACAUGUCGAGUUACUGUUUGGGUGUAGUAAAGAUGGUGAGUCAGCAGAGAUGUAUAUCUUUGUGCCUUAAGGGUUUCCUCAAACAAUACAUGCUCUUGCUAUUGGUGUUAUUGUGUACAUUUGAACAAAGUCACUGUAAUAUCACAACAUUGGAAACGGGUGCUGUUGUUUAUUUCGUGCCAUGUUCUGUGGUUGGAUCUCUCCCAGCUCCUACUCCACACAACAUUUCUCCUGUUGUGCCUUUUAAGUGAAAUUUCAGUCAGUACUCUGUACACUCAGAAAUCCACGAGAUGUGCAAAGGUAGCUUUACCAGUAAACCCACAAUCUGUUGCCAACUGUGUGCAGUGAACGUAGCUAUAGGAGGAGUCAGGAACCAACUUCCAGGAAGUGCUUCAUUACUACUCAGUGCUCUAUUGUGCGCCAUUAUCUGCCUUUAUUUUGCAUUUCACAUAAAAAAAAAUUACAUUCCAGUUCAAACAUUUUAUUGUUGAAGCUUUUUGUUAUUUAUUUUUUGUUAUAAGUAUGUCAAUUUGAACCUAAACACACUGUUAGUUGGAUAACUGAGUGUAAUGGAAAUAAUACUCAAAGUUCAGGAUUAUAGCUUUAAAGGCUGUAACCAUAUUUGUACCAUGUUGUAGUAGAUUACAAUUAAUUGGAUCUGCAUAACAAAUGCUAAUUGGACUUUUUUUUUGGUUUAUAUCUUUUCAUAUGUAGAACCUGGCAUAAAUAAAAAAAAUGUGUUUAGGACUGAACAAAUCUAAAAAAAAAUGUAUAGCUCAAUUUGUCAUCUUGUGUUCAUUGCCAUAAUUCUCUUGCAAUCUCGCUAUUAGCUGAUAAGCACAAUUAAGAGUGGCAGUAACGUAUGCUUCUCUUGACAAGUCUUUCCAAAUAGCUUUGUGAUGAUACAUUUGUAAGUUUGCAAUUGAAAGUGUUUUGUGUGUAAUGAUUAGUCACCAGUAUCUCCGCAAGUGGUACUGAAAUAAAAUUGGUGAGCAAGAUGUAUAACAAAUCCUGUAUACAGUUAAAUCUGUGGUAAUAUGGUAAGACUGCAUUUGGUCAUGCAUUGCUUGAUUAUGCACUGUGUUUUGCUAGAUCAUAUCUAAGGUUCUAUAAAAUGAAAUCAUUCUAAACAAAGGCAACAUAUAUAAAUAUGAUCAUCCAGUGCAGGUGCAAGUUAGUCCUUGACAAAUGAAUAGUUUUUAUGUAAUUAUACAUGACACCAGGUGUUAUGUUGGAUUGAAGAAUGCAAAAGGAACCAGAUAAAUAUCACAAUGAAAAACUGGUAAUAAAGCAACAUACACCCCUUUUAAAAACCUAUGCAUAUGUUGUAUUCUAGUUAAAAACAUAAGUUCUGUAACAAAACCACUGUGCAGAAAAUAAAAAUGAUGAGGAUGACUUUAUGAUGUGGUGAGCUAGAAUGGACACAAUCACAAAAUAAAUAAAACUG